AAUGAUUGAUGACGAUUUCAACAACGCGUUUGGGGAAAAUAGGUCACACAUUUACGCGCGGUAUUUCCGUUCUUGUAAACAAUACGGCGUAGCUGCAUAGCUCGGUGCAAAAUCAAACCAUGGCGUUUGUUUUAAAGAACAUAAAGGAAUUGCUUAGUAUUCCAGAUAACACUGCUAUGCAGCUGAUCCUGCCGGCUUCAUUGCUUGUGUUUACAGUUACUGUCCCAUGGGGUAGGAAAACUCUAAUGGAAAUCACCUCGCUAAUAUUUGCUGUCAAGGGAUUUGGAGCACUCCUCUAUCCAGAAGCUAUAAAUUUCUGGUUUCAAAAAGGACAUGCAGAUGGCUUACACUUGCAGGAAAUUCGUGAUAUUGGGAUAAUCUUGAUGGCUCUAGCAUUUACUCAUUUUAUGACACGUAAAAACAAUGAUCGAACCAUGGAAAUCAGCUUGCUUUGGUCAAGGACUCUGUUCCUGGGAGCACUUUUCCUCCUCAAUGUUGUACGGCUGAUAAAUUAUGAAAGCAUGAAAGAAAAAUUAUCUCUGUAUGUUGAGAAGCUUGCCGUGUUGAUGACUGGGCUGUAUUUUGUGGCUUUUCUUUAUUACUCCUUGUGUGAGGAUGACUGGGGAGGAAGUACAGAACAACUAACGUCCAAAACCCACCUUCAUCUCCGGAUAGACUUCAUCAUGUUCUUCAUGACUGGGAUCAUUGCAUACUGCUUUCCUGACACUAUUGCUACAUUCCAGACAAAACUGAAUUCCCUGGACAAUCUGCAUAGAUACAUGGCACGAGUCAUGGGAGCUGGAUUUAUAGCUCUCGCAAUAUCAUCUGGAAGAGCUAACAACAGCCACAAUGAGGAAGACAAGAAAUCGCUGCUUCUUGGUCAUGGCUUGGCAAAUGGAUUGUUUUUCCUGACCAUGUUGUUAUGUCAGCUGUUCUCUGACAUAUUCUCUCAGUGGCAUAUCUACGGAAUGCUAAUUGUCCUUCUGGCUGCAGUGAAUGACUUUGUCGGGUGUGAGAUAAAAACCAUGGUACAGAACUUCAAGAGAGAACUCUCCUAUGCAAAAGAAGAUUAAAUAGUCUACACAACCGACCAAAAAAAAAAUUAAAAUUUAGCCUGUAGAUUCUGUAAAGCUUAAAGAAUUAUGUUUCUCAAAAUCAAAAUGUUAUUUCACAGAAAGCUUCUCACUGCAUGCUUUUCAUUUAAUGAAAAUUUUCUAAGAGGUAUUUGUAUUUAAUUUUCAAUUUGCUUUUGGCCUGUAUACUCCAAAUCUCCAUAAUGCAUCUUAUUAUUCAACAGACAUUCAUUUCUUCACAUAUAUUUGACUUACUAGUAACUGAACCAAAUGAACUCUGGUAUUUAAAUUCUAGUUAUAGUGGCCAUUGGUCUUGUUGUAAAACUCUUUUAUGAGUGGUUGUUGUAUUUUUUUGUCAUUGUUAGUUCACAUCUUAAUAUUUGUAGUGUAUUCCAAGUUAUUGUAGUGUACUUGUAUGAAUCAUAUCAUAACAUUCAAAAAAAGCUGCAUUGAUGUAUUUUAAACACCUUUUUUUAACUUUUAAGUGUGAUGUAAGCAGGUUACCAUUUUCUUGUGACAGUUUUAGAAAGUUUACAUAAUGCCAAGUAUGUAUUUUGUCCUCUUUUUAAAGCACUGAAUAGAAUUUCACAUACUAUAUGUUUUGUAUGUUGUUCAAAAUGUGCAAUUCAUGAUUACUGCCAAAAUAUAAAUACGCAUACAUGUACAUGUAAGUACCUAGUGCUGAUUUACGAGUGUGCUUUUAGGUCCGCGACCUGCUAAUGUGCUUAAUUUAGUGAAGUGCCAUUCACAGCAUGUUUAAAAUUUUGACCAUUUUUUUUAAAUGCCUGUACAUGUGACAUUAUUUUCAAUUGUAUUUGAUCAGUCAUUGGGGUAAAAGUGCGAAUGAUAAUGAAAUGUAUUUAUUUGGUAAUUACUAUAUAUUUAUGAAGUAAACUGUUUUGCUCAACUUUCAGAAUUUUAAAGAAACACUUUUUUCCAACCAUUAUAUAGUAUUGUUUCAUUUUCAACAGAAAAUUUUCAUAUAUAUACAUUGUAGCUUUCUUAUUAAAUAAUUCCACUUCUAUUUUGCAUGCAUUUCCAUGUUCACAGGGAGUGGGUGCAGCACAUAAAUGUUUAAGACUCUUUUGUAUCGUGCCUUGGAUUGCCUAUUAAAGAUAAGACAAAAUA